CGCCGCGCCGCACUCAGUGAAACAGUUACCUCUCCGCCCCCAAAGCGGUUCGGACCAGUUUCUCUCGAUUCCUCCGGUAUUCCGUUGGAGCCGAUUCCUCGCGCCGCGAUUGGCCGGGACCCGCUGCGUUCAUGUCACCCGGUUUCCGUUAGUUCGAGGCUCGUUGAAUUUUGAAGGGUCGCGGAAGAGCACGCAACUGCACGCAACGGAGGCUGGCUGGCUGGCUCACUCUUGCUCCUCCGGUUCGGCGGUCUUUGGGCGGGAACCUGCGGGAAGCAUCGGGGCGCCACCGUCGGCAGACGCGCUCGCUGUUUUCGCUCGUGGCUUCGAGUCGCGGUUUCCGUGUCGGUCUAGCCGAGUGGAAUUUGGAUUUGCUUCGCUCGGAUCGUGCGAUAUCUCAGCGUAAGUGGCGCGAGUGCGAAAAAAGGCAGGGCGUCGGUGCGAGGCAAGCGCUCCGCCCGGGACACCCGGGACACGCGGCGGAGGGGUCGAGCUAACCAAGUCGGUCGGCGGCGGCGCGAAAGAGCCAUCUUGACAAGACACGCAUCGCGAGGACCGCGAGUGGCACGGCGGCGGGAGGUAGCGAUGCGAUCGUACGCCAGCAUUCCUCGAUCUCCGAUCGAGUCGCUCCGCUCCUAACUCGACUCGCCCACCGGUCGACGCGCACCGGCCGAGGGUGCGGGUGCAUAACCUAGCGAGUGCACGGCUCCGCUCUUGCUCCUCCCGACGGUGUCUCGAUCUGCGGCCUGUGCGAAAACGCACGUCCGGCCGCUUCCCGGAACGGCACCAUCGCAGAGGAAAUCCGUCGUUACGGACGAGAUGGAAGGAGACGCUCCUACGGCUGUUGGCACCAGUCCCACAGCCAUUAAAAUGGCUCAAGAAGAAAUAGGGAGAUUGGAUGUGUUGGUGUGCGGCCAGUGCCAUUCCGUGUUUCACUUCGUCGAAGAGUUUCAAGAGCACCGCGAGAAGGAGGGUGCCUGUUCUCGGACUUCACAGUUCCGUGAGAACACCAAGAAUGAACAGAAAGCACAAGUGUGGGCCUUCCUGUUAUGGAAGGAUUCACAGAUUCAACAGGAUGGAUCGGAAAGAGAUGCAGCCAACUCAUGGAAGUUGUAUCAAAAGUGGUGUAAAAUGGACUCGUACAUUAGGGAUUCCUGGAUAGCUGCCGGGAAAACCAUUCAGACUUUCACAAAGAUUAGUAACGCGAAGAUGCAAGAUAUGCCUCGGCUUCCUCACCAAGCAAGUGCUAACAUCGAUGGUUCCAAAUCUAUAGUUGUACGAAAAGUUAUAAGAAACGGGCAACCGGAGGAAGCCAGUGAACAAAAUAAGGAAUCAAAGCCUUCAGACAUUAAGACCACAAGGAACGUCGAGUCCACGAACGUCAAUCCAGAAAUUAAAGACAAGCCCAAAAUGAAACCAUCCAUCAAGCCGAAGGUUAAGCCAACAAAUAUCAUCGGCAGCGAAGCUACCGAGUCCAGUGACGAAGAGUAUGUAAUCGAGAAGAUUUUGGCGAAACGUUUCAAUCCAAAGAAGAGAUGUUCCGAGUUCCUUCUAAAGUGGGAAGGCUAUCCACAUGACCGCAACACUUGGGAACCGGCAGAAAGCGUCUCCGUGUUUAAAGACCUGUUGGAAGAGUUCGAAAGGAACCUCGCCAAGCAGAAAGAACUGAAGGCUGGACAACAAACGACGAUCAAAGUAAUAGGAAGGUCGCCGAUGACUCCCCAGAAGACGGUGAUGAAGAGCGAGACCAAACCUGGACCGAGCACUCCACCGCAGGCUGGACGACCGAUGCGUUCCAGUAAAUCGAAGGCCUUGGACCAGGUGAAGCAGUGGUGUGGAUCGAUGAAAGACGAAGAGAACGAACUGUUGGGGAAGAGGCGAAUGGAUUAUUCGGACAGCGAGUCCGACGACGGUUGCAGCAACGCUGCCAAGCGGGCGAAGGGCGACACGGGCAGCGACGAGGACUGGACGGCCGAAUCCGAGGAGGAGAGGUUGGCCAGUCGGAGCGACGUCAUCCAAAGGGCGUUCCAUCGCGCCGACGUCCAGUCGAACGACUCGAACCGGACGACCAUAUCGGGCACCGAAAUCCCGGCGAAUCUGAACCUACAGUCUCCGGAGAUGCAGAAGUCCUGCCAGACGCCGGUGCUGGUGGCCAACGCGAAGGGCGUCGUCAAGGUGGACCCGAAACAGAUGCCCAACCUGACCUCGGGGGUCUACGUCAUGUCCAGGAAGGACGGCAUAAUAAAGCUGGACUCGUCGCCGAGCGGGAAGAUAGCCGUGAAGGGCUCGCCGACCCAGGGCAUCCUGAUGGUGCAGAACCGCGACAGCAACAACGUGGUGCGCAAGCAGGUGUUGUCGGGCUCGCAGGUCAACUCGAUCGCCCCGGUGAAGGUGGUCUCGAAACCGGACGGCAACCAGAUGGUGACCCAGAUGAAGGUGAUCACGAAACCGCUGCUGAUGAAGAGCCCUGGUGCGACACCGAUCAAGAACGAGCCCAUCAAGAUCCAGCCGAAGCCGGACCCGACGCAGCUGCAACAAAUCCACGUGGUGACGGCGGUGUCAAACCCGGUGGCCCUGCGCCCCAGGAUGACCCCAGGGGUCAGAUCGAGUCCGGGAUCCAUUCAGCGCAACCCGGACGGACGACCUCUCCUUCCCAGACCGGCACUUCGAGCGACGACCCCCAUUGGUCUGCACGAGGUCUGCUCCCCGAACCGCACCCCGGUCAGGGCCUCAAUGCCGAAGCAGGUGCAGUGCCAGUCUCCGCGUCAGGUGCUCCAGAAGCGGCUGGCGGUGACGGCCGUGCAAUGCGCGACCAGCAGCCCCAACGUUGUCCCCACCCAGGUCAGGUCCAAGUUCACCGUCCUGAACUCGACGGCGAAGCAGUCGCAGAAGACGGUGCCGAGCUUGGUGCAAUCGAAGCAGCUGCCGAAGGUGCCGCUGGGGAAGGCGCAGUCUCUGCUUUCGCCGCAACAGAAGCUGCUGAUGGCGAAGCGGAAAGCCCAGGAGGCGGUGGGCCUGAUCAAGGCCGGGAACCGCGGUCUCCUGGCCGGCGCCCGCGGCGCCCCGGGUCGCAGUAAGAGCAAGUUCGCGGAAGCCGUGAACGCGGCCGCAGGGGCAUCUCCUGCGCCUGGGUCCGCGGCGGCGAACAAACCGAAGGAGAGCAAGCUGGUCGAGGGCGACGGCCUUCACAUGGAGUUCCACGUCGGCACCGAGGAGAGCAGCAGCGAGGGCGAGUCGGCGGACCUGCUGCCCCAAGACGCGGAGGCCGUGCAGCCGAUCGAGCCGGAGAGCCCGCCGCGUCCGUUCACCCUGUGUCCCCUGACCGGACGUAUCAUGGGUCCCGAUGGCGAGCCCAUGGAGCAAACCGCUGAGCAGGAAACUCCAGCCCAGGAUGCCCUGGCUGCGCCCCUGGAGCCGAGCGUCCCCCUCGCCGCCGUCGCCGUGGACAACCCCGAGGCGACCGCCGCGUCCAAUGCUGCCGAGCUGGUCCUACCCUCCCUCGAGUCCCUCACCGAGACCGGGAGCAUCAUGAGGGUCGAGAUGAGCCCCGGAGGCACCACCGGCACCAUCGUUCAGACCUCCGAGCCGGCCCAGAUGAGCCUGCCCGCCGUCGGCUCCUCCACCGCCGGCCUGCCCUGCCUGGACGACACCCCCGCCGCCGUCACAUCUACCUCGACGCCCGCCCUCACGGAGGCCGUUGCUCCCGCUGCCGAGGCCGCCCCCUCCGUCGACGGCGCCCUGGCCGCCGCUGCCGCGGCUCAGCCCGAUACCCCGGAGCUGCCCAAGACCGAGGAGAAGACCCCCGAGGACAAGAAACCCGCCGAGGACGCGUCCAGCCUCGUCACUAUCACCGGGGAGGACGGAAUCGUCUAUCAGGUUGCCGGCCAGGCAGAGGACGGGCAGACCCUCCUGGUGACCCGCGGAGCGGACGGAGAGCAGCAGUGCGUAUACGUCACCACGGAGCAGCAGGGCGACGAGGGCUCCGUCCUCACCCUGGACCACGCCGUCGCAGAGGCCGUCGCCCAGCUCAUCCCCGACCAGGUCAAUCUGACCUCGCAAUUCUACGUGAAGGAGGGCGAGGCCGAGCCCGCCGAGAACCAGAUGGUCAUGUCCAUCAUGGACAACGCCGGAAACGCGGCCACCGCCACCCAGGAAGACAGCGACGGACAGGCCCAGGUCGUCGCCCAGGUGGUGCAGGCCGACGAUCCGACCCCAGGUGGCACCAGAAGAGUGGUCUUGCUCCUGCCCGAUGGCAACCUGAUGAUGACCGAGGUGGACGAGGAGCAGUACGCGGCCCUGGAGCUGGACAAAUGAAGAGGUCGGCCAGGCUUCCACGCGAGCCUUGGGAGGAACGGACGAUGGGUAUCCUGCAUCGAGUUACAUUUUGACCAUAAGUCGUACGGUUUAAGGAUAACCAUGACCAUUGUAUAUAUGUAACGACCGGGCACUUCUUGCGCGGGGACCGGACGGCGGGGACGGGAGGAAACCAGUCAUGGACGCGUACGACGAUGUUGUAAAGAUGAGACAAAAUGGACUAUAACGUGUCGCUAACGGUAACGAUAUAUAGUGGAUAAGGCAAUCUAGAUCCUAGAUUAUAAAACUGUUUUUUGCAAAUUCGUGUACAUCGGCGGAGGAAGAGAGAGAGAGAGAGAAAAAAAAAGUGUAGCGUUUCUUCUGGUAUUUUAAUUUCUACGUUUACCCUGUAAUGGACACGUGGCCACAACAGAGACAAGUUGCGAAAGUAACAAGGCUUACGUUUUUCUCGGACACUACCUUACACUAUCCGGGGAUCCGAUGUACGGUCGUUGAGUUUUGUCAAAAUUUGUAGGUAUUGGGUCGAGGGGGGCUUUAUUUUAUUUCGACGGUUCCGAGGGCCUGAAGUAGCUGAAAUUAGACGGCUGGGGUUGAUCGCUCUUUUAUUAUUCGUGCAAAAUGUCACGUUUGGUUGUCAUCGAUACACAUUAAUUAUUUCCUUAGCCCUGGAGAUGUUCGUGGAGUCUAGGUCCUCUGAAUGUAGUCAUGCCUUCGGGUGACGAGAAUAAUGGCUCAAUAACUCAUAAUUUAGAGUUUAGUUCUCUGUGGAUGUAAAUUUCAUUUGUCAACGAAGUGUAUAACACAAUUCAUUAAUGGCUCUUCGGGACGUGUAGGUUUUUAGUUCACUGUUAUCGAAAUAUAGACGAUUAAAGGAUUGCCUUCGGACUGUCGAGUGUUUCCCCCUCUUUGACAUCGGUUUACCUUUAACACCCCACGAGGAAUUAAGAUUUAACUGUACAAUAUUGGCUUAAGUUGUCGACAGGCAUGUUUUUACUUUAUAUGAAUUGUUUACAAAUAGUGUCGUAAAAAUAUAAGACACCUGAAAAUCUCACAUUAUUUAUUUAUUCGCUGAGAUGCUUCGUAGAAAUUAUUUCACCGUAACGCAGUCUUGUCAGGUUCUUCGAGUAGCUCGGUGUCCACUGAACGUUGCGAACAGGUUUGUGCUCCUUAUGACAGCGAUACUGGGAGCUCGUUUAAGAGAUUUUUCUUUGAAUAAUAGCUAAGCUUUGAAAUUCUAGAUGUUUUUCUCUUAUGUUUAAAGGUUAAUUAAUAGGAGAGCUGAAGAUGUAGCGAUAGUAUUCAAUAAAAAGGAAAGCUCUUUCCCUUUUAA